AUGGAGCGGGGCGGCGGGGCCGGGGGGAGCCUCGAACUCGCCGGGGGCGGUGGCGGUGGCGGCGGAGGCGGCGGCGGUGGCGGCGGCAACGCGGAUUUGUGUCUGCAGGACCUCGUGAUCGGGCCGACGAGCAGCCUCUCGGUGCAGCAUCAUCAGCACGCGGCGACCGCCACGAUGGCCGGCCUGCACGGCGAUCAUCUUCAGGGCACGAUGCACCAUCACGAUCUCCACGGUAAUUCGCAUCACGACACCUCGAUGCUACACAACUCCAGCCACCAGCUGCAUCACGAGCCGCUGGAGAAACUUAAACUCUGGGCGCAGAGUGACUUCGGGGACGAAACCAACGGGGGCCUCGCGAGGCUCGACGCGGGUCAUGGCGCUCACACCCCCGGUGGUAGCAAUCCAAGUACACCGGGGGCGACCCCCACGACACCCUCCGGCGGAUACUCCACCGGGCAGCCGAGGAACCGUACGAACGCGACUCACAGGCCAGAUAUUCGAAAAGGUGUACGAACACCACCAGAAGUGAAACACGAAUUGGGUGCCGCUGGUGGUGUCGUUUCUCCUGGGGUCGGAGUCAACGAUACGGACGAUAAGGAUGGCAAAAAGAACAAAAGGCAAAGGCGACAGAGGACACACUUUACGCAACAUCAGCUACAGAAUCUGGAGAUGACGUUUAUGAGGAACCGGUAUCCAGACAUGUCAACCAGAGAAGAGAUAGCAUGCUGUACGAAUCUUACGGAAGCUCGAGUCAGGGUUUGGUUCAAGAAUAGGCGGGCGAAAUGGCGGAAGAAGGAACGUAACGCGAUGAACGCCGCCGCGCAGGCCGCGGCGGAUUUCAAGUCGGGCUUCAGUACAGCCAGUCUGAACGGCUUCAUCACCCAACCGUUUCCGGAUCCCGACACUCUCUACAGCUCGUACAGCCCGUACAACAACUGGGCGGCCAAAGUGCCGUCGCCGUUGAGCGGCAAGAGCUUUCCCUGGAUGAACACGCUGGGCUCGGUCGUGCCUGCGGCGUCGCAUCAUCACCAUCACGCUCAGGUCAGCCCAGUGAAUCCCUUUAACACCGCGGCGACGUCGGUCGCGGGCAGCCACGUGGGCGGCAUGUCGGUUUCGGUCGGGCAAGCGGCCACGUCUAUGAUACCGGGCAUGGGCUCCGGUCUCGGUGUCGCGAGCUCGCCGGUCGCCGCGUCCGGCGCGGCGUGUCCGUACGCGGCGCCGGCGGCGCCGCAUCAUCCGUAUGGACCGCCAGUUUAUACGCCUCACCAUCGGUCGCCCGAAUCCUGCACGGUGAUGACAUCGAGUAGCAUCGCGUCGCUGCGAAUGAAGGCGAAACAGCACAGCAGCGAUUACGGCGGCGGUGGCGGCGGUUCUUUCGCGGGCGGUACCACAGGCGGUACCACGGCCGGAAGUAUAAGUCCCGUGAGCUCGAGAGCGUCUUCCGUCGGCGGUGGCGGUGGUGGCGGCGGCGGCGGCGGUGGCAGUCUGAGCGCCUGUCAGUACGCGUUAACAACGGCGGCCGGCACGAACCCUCAUUCCCCGGGCGGUCCCGAGGCGCACGCCAACGCCACCGCCAGGGCCCAGGUCUGA